UGUGGGUAAGGUAAGGUCGGUGAUGGAAAUGCAAAAAUAUUAAGCAUUUUUAAUUACAAAACAAAAACUUGCUAUCGCUGUCCUUCGAACUGCUUCCCAAUUUUACUCUAUCUUUCUCUCUUCGUUUUCAUAAUCAUCUAUUUGAAGCUUAUCUUUCUCUCUACCAAAUCUCUGUCCCUCUGAUUCUCCAACAAGCUUUUCUUAGGGGACACUUUCGGUUUUUGAUGGAAGUCUAAAUUUUGGAAGCUGCUGGAUUUUCUUAUGGUAAGUAGCCAGAAUGGAAGUCCGUUUGGAUUUCUUGGAUUUGCUUCAACCCGACAUGUCGAGAAAGAUUUUAAUGUGCUUGGAUGAUAUUUCUGAUAUUGUUCGUGCGAGUGCCGUCUCACGAUGUUGGCAACAUUUGGUGAUAGAAAACGGUCUUUCGAAGCAGCUCUGCUUUAGAUCAUUCCCUCAUUUGUCUCGAGUAGCUUCGAUUGUUGAAGUGAACAAUUCGGAAGUGAAUGGGAACAAAGAAGUAGCAUGUAGUAGUUCAAGAGAUUCCAAAUCUGCGCAGAGGGAUCACAGAGUUUAUGCUUAUCUUGCACAUGCAUCUGCAUCAUUUCUUAUGAGACAUUGCAUUUCCGAGGCAAUUAUUGCUUCAAGCACCGAUAAUGAUCCUGAGGAAAGCAUCAAUAACACCUUGGACGCAAGAGAUCUUGUUGCAAGGAGGGCUUCAUAUUGGUCAAGUAAAGGACAGUUUAAACCUGAUGUACCCGAGACGCUGAUAUACAAAUUGGUCUCCAAUUUAUGUGUUGUAUAUGAAGUUAACAUACGACCUUUCCAAGCAUUUUUUCAGACAGGUUUACCCAUAUACUCUGCAAAGGCUGUGCGUUUUCGGUUUGGUCACUUAAAACACGUCAUGGAUCUUAGGAGUGAUUUGGUUGGGGAGUCACACUGUGGAUCUGCAAAAGAAACAUUUAUAUGGACAUAUACUUCUCCAGAAUUCCCGAUGGCUCAGGAGAAUUACUUGCAGAGGUUCAAACUUCCUGAACCCGUUCUUUGCAUUGGAGGUAUUUUGCAAGUUGAGCUACUUGGCAGGGUACAAAGACAAGAAACUGAUGCUUUGUUCUACAUAUGUGUUUCUCAUGUUCAAGUUAUCGGGCGGCCAUUGUCGCCUGCAUUUGAUGUUGAAAUCCUUGAACCCUCAUGGGAUUUUAUAUUAAAAUGUAACCAUCAAGCAAAGACUUCUAACCAAUUAAGCAUGCUUGAGAAUGAGCCACGCACAAUCCUUCCCACGUAUUUGGGGAGGCGUGUAAUUGAAUUGCGACAGAUUGUGAAUAUGCUUCGAGGUAACGUAGUUCAAGGUGAGGAUUAUGCAUGGGCUGAGGAUGAAGAUGACAGAUGAAGAUGACAGAAGAAGAGAGAGAGAAAGAUUGUUGUUUGUAAUUUCUCUUACAUUUUGCCUUAAAACUGAAUCCCAACCAUCUAUCUAGAAUUGUGACAAAUAAUCUGUGCAUACUAUAUUUUGCUCGUUUGUGUAUAUGAAUGUGAAAAGCACAGCUCUUCUUUUUGUUGCUUCAUAAAA